AUGGAUACACAGAAGAUUCAAACCGAGAACCAGGCAGAAGCGGUAGUGUCUUCCACAUCUUGCAACAAGUAUGUGAAGGAUGAGAGUGCCACUUUCUUUGUAAACCUCAAGGGUCGCUUUGAUAAUUUCGUCAAUAAACCAAUGGAUGAACACAAGACUUGCUUCAAAAACACCAUGGACAAGAUGUUCGGAGGGAUGUCGAAGGCGGUUGAAGAGAAGAAGGUUGAGACUAAGGAAGUCGGGAGUCAAGCUGCCUGA